CAGAAGAGACGUGUUAAAUGUUAUUUUUAUGUAUAGUCGUUAAAAGUAUCAUAGUCGUGAAGGCUGUCGUUCAGAAAUGACGCGUAUUAUAUUUGUUUUUCUAUUUCUCGUGUUUGUCACGGUGCUCUCUGCGAGUAUUGGUGAUGAUAAUGAACAAGUAGAUCUAAAAUGUCCUGAAGAUGAAGUGGAAGACUAUUGUCCUUCAAAGUGUUACAAUGACAAGUGUCCGAAUAAAGAGAAUUAUAACCAGGUUUGCAAUACGGAAGGUUGCGGUCCCCCAAGGUGCAAAUGUCGUUUCAACAUGAAACGAGCAGCCAAUGGAACUUGCAUUGACACUGCAUCUUGCCCGCCAUUUACAUGUGACCGUCCCAAUGAAGAGUAUGUAGCUUGUCCACCAUAUUGCCCAAAAGAUGACUGUGAUGAAGCAUCUUCUGAAGGGUUAUGCUCAGUCAACGGCUUGCUGUUAGUGGCGGAAUGCGAACCGGCCUGCCGAUGUAUCAAAGGUUAUUGGAGGAAAAACGGCGUAUGUGUACCCUUUAGCGAAUGCCCUGUACCUGUAACAUCUCUACCACCGGUAUACUUUGGAAAAUAAUUACCAUUUAAACGAAAAAUGAUAAUGGCUUUGUUUAAUUUAAAAUAAAAAAUUUACUUAAUGGUGAAC